AUGAGUAGCGCCGCUUCGUCCCCGUGCCACCGGCUCCGCCGCGUCGCGCUGCUGCUGCUCGUUGCCGCGGUCCUCGCCGGUGGAACCGAGGGGAAGGCGCACGACUACGGGGACGCGCUGCGCAAGAGCCUGCUCUACUUCGAGGCGCAGCGCUCGGGCCGCCUCCCGCACAGCCAGCGCGUCGCAUGGCGCCACCACUCCGGCCUCACCGACGGGCUCGAGCAAGGGGUGGACUUGGUGGGAGGAUACUACGACGCCGGGGACCACGUCAAGUUCGGCCUGCCCAUGGCGUUCACCGUCACCAUGCUGUCGUGGAGCCUGAUCGAGUACGGCGGCGACGUCGCGGACGCCGGCGAGCUCGGCCACGCGCUCGAGGCCGUCAAGUGGGGCACCGACUACUUCAUCAAGGCGCACACCAGGCCCGACGAGCUCUGGGCUGAGGUGGGCGACGGCGACACGGACCACUACUGCUGGCAGCGGCCGGAGGACAUGACGACGUCGCGGCAGGCGUACAAGGUCGACCGGGACCACCCGGGCUCCGACGUCGCCGGCGAGACCGCGGCGGCCAUGGCGGCCGCGUCCAUCGUCUUCCGCGGCUCCAACCCGCACUACGCGCACCUCCUCCUGCACCACGCCCAGCAGCUGUUCGAGUUCGCCGACAAGUACAGGGGGACAUACGACAGCAGCAUCGCGGAGGUGAAGAGCUACUACGCGUCGGUGAGCGGGUACAAGGACGAGCUACUGUGGGCCGCCCUGUGGCUCCACCGCGCCACCGGCAGAGAUGACUACCUCGACUACGUCGUCGACAACGCCGACAGCUUCGGCGGCACCGGCUGGGCCAUCAACGAGUUCAGCUGGGACGUCAAGUACGCCGGCGUCCAGAUCCUAGCGGCAAGGCUGCUGCUGAGAGGGGAGCACGCGCCGCGCCACCGGAGCACGCUGGAGCGGUACAGGGCCAAGGCGGAGCGGUACGUGUGCGCGUGCCUGGGCCGGAACACGGAGGGCGGCGCGGACGCCAACGUGGAGCGCAGCCCCGGCGGGAUGCUCUACGUCCGGCAGUGGAACAACAUGCAGUACGUGACCGGCGCCGCGCUCCUUCUCUCCGCCUACUCCGACUACCUGGCGGCCGCCGAGGCCGGCGGCGCCGCCCGGGCCGUGUCGUGCGCGGCGGCGGCCGAGGAGGUGUUCGCGCUCGCCAGGGCGCAGGCGGACUACGUGCUGGGCACCAACCCCCGGGGCGCCAGCUACCUCGUCGGCUACGGCUCCAGGUACCCCGGCCGGGUGCACCACCGCGCCGCGUCCAUCGUGCCGUACAAGCACAGCAGGGAGUUCAUCGGCUGCACGCAGGGGUUCGACCACUGGUUCGGCCGGCGGGGCUCCAACCCCAAUUUGCUCGUCGGCGCGAUCGUCGGCGGGCCGGACAGGCGCGACAGGUUCAGGGACAGCCGCGACAACUACAUGCAGACGGAGGCCUGCACGUACAAUACGGCCCCGAUGGUCGGCGUAUUCGCUAAGCUGCGCCGGAUGGCGUGGCUGGAGCGGGAACAGGGGUCCACGUCGGUGCCCGUCACCGUCACGUCCACGGCGGCCGAGGUGUAA